GCGCGCGCCCUGGGAGAAUCCAGGCGGUGCUGGAGCUCCAGGCUGAGCUGCAGUCCCGACCCUGCGUGGCGGGGAGCGAGGUGCCACACUCCGUCAGGUGGAUGCUGUGACAGUUCACAUCUUUGGCUUCGAAUGAAAUACGUUGGAAAAAAAGGCAAGUGUAUGUGUCAGAAUCUCUCCAGUUCUACCAACGUACCUACAGACAAGACUAAAUGAAUUGAAAUGAAGUGUUCUCUGCACCACUAAACUGGGGUCUGAAGGCAAUUCUCUGUGGCUUUUAUACACCCAAGUUGAUGUGAAUCCUAUGAUAUGAGGUGUGUUCACCAUUUGGGCUCAUCUCUAAUACUGGAGAUUCCGAGGAGAACCAGAGGAAAUGAGGAGGCCCUGAGAGAACCUUCGCGAGAUGUGUCCAAGCAGACCCGGGCACACAGUUGGCACUCACAGACGGUGCCAAUCCGAACUAGAUGGCUCGCCUGUCCCUAAACAACCAGUGGCCCUCAGUGUGUCAGGAGGUCUGACAGAGGGAAAAAAAAAAAGAUGCACAGAGAGGAAAUGAACUGAGACAACAUCACUUCACAGCAACCGGAAGGAAAAACACCCACAAGGUCUCCAUUCACAGUCUGCAUGUGCAGUUGCUCCGUGGGGAAAUGCUCACAGCUGCCUUCAGAAGCAAGUCUAGUGGCUGCAGCAAGACAGAAGCACGGCCAUGAGGCAGGACUGAGCCGCCACCUCCUGCCUGCCUGCCCAGAGGGAGGGCAAGGACGCGACCAGAGGAUCCCGCAGCCUUCCGCCCUGGGGCCUAUCAGAACUACGCGCUCCACCUGGAAAUUCUGUCCAAUGCUCCGGCACCAUAGCAAGCCGUCCAGUGUGAUCUGAGCCCUCUUAAGAGGGUCUAAAUUAUUCUUUACAGGCUCAGGAAGCUGUGAAUUCCUUAAUGUCAUACACUGGCCUGAGAACAUCGUGUAUUCUUUAAGCAGAGUUAUGAGAACGAAGAACCUGGUCAGCUGACUAAAACACUGGAAUUGUCCUUUUCAAGACCCAGAGCUCCAACAUUCCUUGGCUUAACAGACAGAAGCACCUGGGAAAAUGUGGGCAAGGAAUCUUAUGGCAAGGGCCUUAUACGACAACGUCCCAGAGUGUGCUGAGGAGCUGGCCUUUCGCAAGGGAGACAUCCUGACUGUCAUAGAGCAGAACACAGGAGGACUGGAAGGGUGGUGGCUCUGCUCCUUACACGGUCGGCAAGGCAUCGUCCCAGGCAACCGGGUGAAGCUUCUGAUUGGCCCCGUGCAGGAGACCUCCUCCAGUCAGGACCCGCCGACUUCUGGACUGAUGCACCAGCCCUUUGGCCAACAGAAGCUCUAUCAAAUGCCAAACCCCCAGGGCGCCCCUCGAGACACCAUCUACCAAGUGCCACCUUCCUACCAAAAUCAGGGAAUUUACCAAGUACCCACUGGCCAUGGUACCCAGGAACAAGAUGUGUAUCAAGUCCCACCAUCAGUGCAGAGAGGCAUCGCGGGGGCUAAUGGUCCCCACUUAAGUAAAAAGGUGAUCACGCCGAUGAGGACAGGCCACGGCUAUGUGUACGAGUACCCAUCCAGAUACCAAAAGGACGUCUACGAUGUUCCUCCUUCCCAGACCGCUCACGGGGUGUACGACAUCCCACCGUCAUCUGUGAAAGGCCCCGUGUUCUCAGUUCCAGUGGGGGAGAUAAAACCUCAAGGGGUCUAUGACAUCCCUCCUACCAAAGGGGGAUACGCCAUUCCACCCCCUGCCUGCAGAGAUGAGGCCGGGCUUAGGGAGAAAGAGUACGACUUCCCCCCUCCCAUGAGACACGCCGGCCGGCCCGACGGCAGACCCGAGGGCGUGUAUGACAUCCCCCCAGCCGGCACCAAGCCCCUGGGGAAGGACCUUCACGCUAAAUGUAACGGCGAUGCUGCAGGGGCAGCGGAGCUGGCGCCACGGAGACACCAGAGCAUUUCCCUGAGCCACCCGGCCCCGCAGCUGGGCCAGCCCGGCGGCUCCCAGAACGACGCCUACGAUGUCCCCCGGGGGGUCCAGUUUCUGGCACCGCCAGCAGAAACCAGCGAGAAAGCAAACCUCGAGGAAAGGGACGGGGUUUACGACGUGCCGCUGCGCAGCCCGCCGGACGCCAAAGGCUCCCCGGACGUGGUGGACGGCAUCAACCGGCUGUCCUUCUCCAGCACCGGCAGCAGCCGGAGCACCAUGUCCACGUCCUCCACCGCCUCCAAGGACUCUGCGCUGUCCGCCUCGCCGGCCCAGGGCAAAAGGCUCUUCCUGGACCCAGACACGGCCAUCGAGAGGCUCCACCGGCUGCAGCAGGCCCUGGAGACGGGUGUCUCGGGCCUGAGGGCGCUGGUCACCACCGACUGGCGGGGCUACGGCUACAUGGAGCGGCACGUCAACGAGGUCCGCGCCGCCGUCGACAGCGUGGAGCUGGCCCUGAGGGACUACCUGCACUUCGCCAGGGGCGCCGCGGCCAACGCCUCCCGCCUGCCGGAGCCGCUCCUCCACCACAAGGUGAGGCGGGAGCUCCAGCGGCUGGAGGACUCCCACCAGAUCCUGAGCCAGACCAGCCACGACUUAAACGAGUGCAGCUGGUCCCUGAACGUGCUGGCCGUCAACAAGCCCCAGAACAAAUGGGAUGACCUGGACCGGUUCGUGAUGGUGGCAAAGACGGUGCCAGACGAUGCCAAGCAGCUGACCACGACCAUCAACACCAACGCGGAGGCCCUCUUCAAGCCGGGCCCUGGCAGCUCGCAUGGGAAGAGCGGGCCUGAGAGCAUCACGAACUCCGCUGAGUGCCCACACGCCGGCGCCCAGGUACAGCUGCUGCAUCCCGGGGACCACAAGGCUCCAGCCCUCAACAAGCCGCUGCCCCCAAGCCUGGGCAAGGACCAGCCCCCUGACUGUAGUAGCAGUGAUGGCUCUGAACGGAGCUGGAUGGAUGAUUAUGACUAUGUCCACCUCCAGGGUAAGGAGGAGUUUGAGAGACAACAGAAGGAGCUGCUGGAAAGAGAAAAUAUCAUCAAACAGAACAAGAUGCAGCUGGAACAUCACCAGCUGAGUCAGUUCCAGUUGCUGGAACAAGAAAUCACAAAGCCCGUGGAGAACGACAUCUCCAAGUGGAAGCCCUCCCAGAGCCUCCCAAGCACCAGCAGCGGCGUGGGCGCUCAGGACAGGCAGCUGCUGUGCUUCUACUACGACCAGUGUGAGACCCAUUACAUCUCCCUCCUCAACGCCAUCGACGCUCUCUUCAGCUGCCUCAGCUCGGCACAGCCCCCGCGGAUCUUCGUGGCGCACAGCAAGUUUGUCAUCCUCAGCGCCCACAAACUGGUGUUCAUCGGAGACACGCUGACAAGGCAGGUGGCCGCCCAGGACGUUCGCAACAAAGUGAUGAACUCCAGCAACCAGCUCUGCGAGCAGCUCAAGACUAUAGUUCUGGCGACCAAGACGGCCGCGCUCCAUUACCCCAGCACCUCCGCCCUGCAGGAGAUGGUCCACCAGGUGACGGACCUGUCCAGGAACGCGCAGCUCUUCAAGCGAUCUCUGCUGGAGAUGGCGACAUUCUGAGAAGAAGACCAGCAGAAGAGGGACCGACUUGGAUUACUGAGGAAAACUGGAAAUACUCUCUGGUUUUUGUAAAUCUUAUCUAUUUUUGUAGAUAUUUUAUAUGAAAAUGAAAUAUUUUAACAUUUGAUGGGUUAGACGACAUUCAGAAAUUCAGGGAACUCUAGGGGAACUUUUUUUUUCCUGCGUGGUUCUUGUGUACACACAUAAGCAUCUAAGACGUAAACUGUACAGAAUCCUGUCCGUGUGUGUGUGUAUGACUCUGUGUUCAUGUUCGUUCGGAGAUGUUUGUCUGGUACAUUCCAUUGAAAACCAUGAAUUAAGAAGCACCUUAGCACCUCCUAAUGCUGCAUUUUUUUUUUUAGAAAACAUACCAGCUGGUUGUACUAUUGCUUGACAUAUACUAGCGAUUAUUCUGAGCCUGUCACCCCCAAGUCUGGGAAGCAUAGUAUAUUUGCAGGUGUGCACCUUCCAAUAAGGAGGCAUGCUAUGCCUUGUUUUUGUUUUUGAAACCCCUUCCAAAACUGGCUGUGUUGGGCACGUUAUUGCAAGAUGCCUCACUUCUGGUUGAAAAAGCCCUCUUAGAAAGUUUCGCAAAGUAUAUGUUAAUCCAAACUCUGACAUGUUAGGUGCUGGAGGAGUGACACGUGUACUUAGGGGCCAUGUCCCCACUUAGGGUUGUUUCAGCAUGGAGAGGACGUGUUUCCGCAGGGCUUUUUGAUCAUUGGCAUUUAUGAGUGACUUGGCCAUGUGAUUUUCCAAAGGAUGUUUUUAGAUUUGCAAAAACUAUAUUAUUUGCAGCAGGAAUUCAUAAAGACACAUCAGACUAUGAUCAUCCACAAAAGGAAGGAUGGUCCCAUCUGCCAGUUGUAAGUAGGGGCCUUUCUGACUCUCAACAUUCCCUUAGGUGCUACUACCCCAUUACCUGAGGGAAACUGGCCAGUUCCUUGAUCACCUAAACAUUAAAGCCACCAGGCCACAUCCCACUGUAAGAGAAUCCGAUGCUUGAUCCUGUACCCUCCCUAAAAGAUGCACAUGCAGACCCAGCACUCAGAGCAGCUGUAUGGAGCCCAUCUAGGCGUUACAGCUCUGUCUGGCCAAUGACCCUGUGCACACUGCCCACCACCGUCUCCCAGCUCGGCACAGCAUCCUUCCAUUCCAUAGUCUGUCCUCUCAUACCUGCUGGGGUUGGCACAGCACAAACACACCACAAGCCAUCAGAUUCAUCACACUUCUUACCCGGGGGGUAAAUGUAGUCACAUAUUACCAAGUCAAGAAGCAAAUUACGGUUUAUCAGUCCAGUUUUUAUUUAAUGAUGCUAUUCCAGCUGAUUGGAAAACGUUUUGGUUUGCAAUAUAUGCCUUGACUUAAUUGAGCUUGCUUGUUUUAAACAACCAAAUCAUUGGAACAGGAAAGGAUUUAGGAGAGAAGGAUGCAUGAUCUAAGUGGGAUACAAAAUAAUCCGUGAAACUUACCCUAGAAGGUGCUUUUCAGAACUACCGCUCUUGUAGUUCUUGACCUUCUGCUCUGCCAGAAGAAGCCGUAUUGUUACAAGAAAGAAAGUGUGUGGGAAGGAAGAAGCAAGUUGCUGAAAAUCAAUGAAGAAGAGGUUGAAAAGUGUCCUUGUAGAUUUCAUUGUAUAAUGUGCAUUUCUUAGGAGAUGACAGACUUGAGCAAAGUGGUGACAUUUCACGUUUUCCAAACCAAAAUGUUCAAUCUGUAUUACUCUCUUUCCCACAUUGUAUAUACAGGCUAUUUUAAAAUCAUUAAAAAUUUAGAUGUCUGUUUUCAUAGGCA